AUGGUUAGCUCCCCAUCCUACCUAAAAACCUUGCACCCUCUUCAAGUUUUCUCUACAAAGUCACCAUCUUCUGCCAUAAGCUCCAUGAAGAUCAAAACCCUAAUCCACACCCACUUCAUCUCACACGUGUGCCGCAUCAUUCGAGCUCUAUCCAAAGCAAAAUCCAUUCUCAUUGAGAUUCUUAAAGAAAACCAACGCAUACACUUCAUAUCCCCUACAAAAAACACAAAAAAGAAGCAAAAGAAUAGGAAGAUAUUCCUUGGCUCGUUUAGGCUACACUAUAACUGGUGCUCUUCACAUGUGUUACCAGUGCCAGAACCAGUUCUUGAUGGGUUCUCAGCAUCCCACUUCUACUAUGACUCUUCAUGGAAUUCUGUAUUUACAAAGGAGCAGUGUGAGCACAACACUGAAUCUCAGCUUUCAGGGUACCUUCACUGGCUAGAAGAGAAAGUUGAUGAUGAGGAUUCUAAUGGUUCUGAGAAAGAUAUCAAUCGGCUAGCGGAUUUGUUCAUUGCAAACUGCCAUGAAAAGUUUAUAUUGGAGAAGCAAGAGUCCUAUAGGAGAUUCCAAGAAAUGAUGGCUAGAAGCAUGUGA